UGGUUUGGUUUUGAGAUUUUACUUUUCCAAAUUAGGAAUUUCGAGGGAUUAAGUGUUUAGUUUGAAGCUUAACUAUGGUUAUCUAUGUAAAUGAUGUGGAAUUAGUAGUCAUUUAAAAAAUAAAGAAAAUUUUCUUUUGGCAUGAUUUAGUUUUGAUCAAAAUUAAUUAAUUUAAGGGUCUGGCUACAAUUACACCAAAUUUUAAGGAAUGAAUUUUGUCAUACAAAAUUGAAGAGUCAAACUAUAAUUGUGAACAAAUAUAGCAUAUUGGGACUUAUAUGUCCAAUAGGCCUUUUAAAAAAGAUUAACUCACUGUGGGAUAAAAAGAAAUGCAAAGGAGAGAAGAAAACCUUAAGAAUGACAAAAUUAUUACUUAAUAAUAUUGUAUUUUCACUGUGCAGGAACUAGAUAAACUGGUUUUCUGUUAAUCACAUAAUUUCAUUUGAUGGAUGUGCUUAAUCUUCCCAUUUUUCUAAUUCUACAAUUAUUCAAAUAGAAUAAUAUCCCAUGGCCAUCAGGAAAAUGUGAUGAAAGCAUAUACUUUAGUCGUGGAACUUGUGAAAGAUAAAACUUCUAAUCAUACAUGAUUGCUAAGUACCAUAUCUUAUCCUCCUCUCAUUGCUGGUGCAGCAAAUCCAACAGGAGUCAUGGGUGACGAAUUACUGGGUUCAAAGUGCACUACAUGUACCACAGCCAUCAAUUCCUCCAAUAUAGGUUUUCAGCUCCUAAAGAAGCAUGGUUGGAAAGAAGGUACUGGUCUUGGAGUUUCUGAGCAGGGGAGAUUGGAGCCAGUACAAGCAUAUUUCAAAAAUAAUAAACGAGGCCUAGGAGCAGAUAAAGUGAAGAAGAGGACUCCUAAGCCUCUUGAAUCUUCUAUCUCCAAGGAUCAAAAUGAGAAGUUUCAGGAACAUUCGCCUUCAAAAAUGUCCAAGACACUCUCUAAAAAACAAAGGAAGAUGCAACAGUUAGAAAAACAUUUACAAGAGAAGGAGUUUGAGCGGGCCUUUUUUCGAGAGUUCUGGCCGGAUAAUGUUUGAUGUCAGAACUGCAUCAUCUAUUCUCACCAAUGUUAAUCUUCUGUUUUCCUCUCCCUUCCAUAGGACUGAUUAAUGUAUAGUUAAGAAUUCCUUCUACACCAACUUACAAUGUUUAUUCAGAUCGUAAAAUCAAAAUUUCACACAGAUAGUUUUGCAGGAAGUAUGAUGAUUGAUUUUCCA